AUGAGCGCCAGUGGAAUACCGAUCAAGCUUCUCACUGAGUCCCAGGGCCAUAUAGUGUCGUUGGAGCUGACCACAGGCGAGCUCUACCGUGGAAAACUGGUGGACAGCGAGGACAACAUGAAUGCUCAACUGCGAGACGUCACAGCAACGGCAAGGGAUGGCAGUGUGACAAGAAUGGACCACGUAUUUGUCCGUGGUUCUAACAUACGUUUUUUCGUGCUGCCCGAUAUCCUCAAGAACGCUCCCAUGUUUAAGCAGGGUCCAAUUUCCAAACCGCCUCCGCCAAUUCGGGGUCCCAAGAGAAAGUGA